AGAAGAGAUGGAAGUAGAAGGUAACGAAAGUGGAAGAGCAGAAGUUGAGAGAAAAAACAUCAAUGACUGGCUUCCCAUCACAAAAUCCAGAAACGCAAAGUGGUGGUAUUCUGCUUUUCACAAUGUCACUGCUGUAGUUGGAGCAGGAGUGCUGGGUUUUCCCUACGCUAUGUCAGAGCUAGGAUGGGGUCCAGGUGUUACAAUACUGAUUCUUUCAUGGAUCUGCACGCUCUACACGGCAUGGCAAAUGAUUCAAAUGCAUGAGCCCGAACCAGGAAAGAGGCUUGACAGGUAUCACGAGUUGGGGCAGUAUGCGUUUGGAGAGAAGCUAGGACUGUGGAUUGUUGUGCCCCAGCAACUGAUGGUUCAGAUUGGUGUUAAUGUAGUAUACAUGAUAACGGGUGGGAAUUCUCUGAUGAAGAUACACGAUACUCUUUGUGAUGGAUGCACUCCCAUUAGAAGAACCUACUUCAUCAUGAUCUUUGCAGCUGUUCAGUUCUUUCUCUCCCAUCUCCCCAGUUUCAACUCCAUCAGUGUUAUUUCUUUUGCUGCCGCUGUCAUGUCGCUCAGCUACUCCACUAUCGCGUGGGCAGCGUCACUUCACAGGGGCGUUCAACCGGGAGUGCAAUAUGGUAGCAGGUUUUCAACCGAUGCAGGGAGUGUAUUUGGGGUUUUUGGUGCUUUGGGGACUAUAGCUUUUGGGUAUGCCGGGCACAACGUAGUUUUGGAGAUCCAAGCAACAAUCCCUUCCACGCCAGAAAAGCCCUCAAAAAAAGCCAUGUGGAAGGGCAUGCUUGUUGCUUAUGUCGUGGUCGCUCUUUGUUAUUUUCCUGUUGCUCUUGUUGGUUACUGGGCUUUUGGAAACGGUGUUGAUGACAACAUUCUUCUCUCCCUCGAGAAACCUCGUUGGCUCAUCGUAGCUGCUAAUCUCUUUGUUUUUGUGCAUGUAACUGGCAGCUAUCAGGUUUUCGGCGUUCCGGUGUUUGAUACAUUGGAAUCAUUCCUGGUGAAACAGAUGAAGUUCCAGCCAACUUGGUUCCUUCGAUUCAUAACUCGCAAUUGCUACGUUUUACUUACACUUUUCCUUGGAGCUACAUUCCCUUUCUUUGGCGGGCUUCUAGGAUUCUUUGGGGGUUUUGUGUUUGCUCCAACCACAUACUUUCUCCCCUGCGUAAUGUGGCUUGUCAUCUACAAACCCAACAGAUAUAGCUUGUCGUGGUGGGCAAAUUGGUUCUGCAUCAUAUUUGGAGUGUUCUUGAUGGUGUUAGCCCCAAUCGGCGCAUUGAGACAGAUCAUACUAGAAGCUAAGGAUUACAAAUUCUACUCUUGAUCUUUUUCGCACACAAGAACCUAUUCUAAU